AUGAGUGCUAUUAAUAUGAAACUAAAGCCACAAAUGGAGGAUAUAAUCACUGCUCUCAACACAAGAGGUAGACCUAGUCUGUCCGUUAAAAACUUAGUGAUCGACGGCUCGCAUAUCAUAAGCAGGAAAAAUGCGGAACAAAUGACACAAAGAUUGGACAUCGAUGUCGGCCACAUCCCAUUGCGGAUUGAAUUCCUCCAAAGAUUAAUGUGGGAUUUGAUUGGGAAAUGGCAAUCUGAUAACAUGGUAUACAUCAAACCUGGUCCGGUAGUAUUUGCGUCGACCGCCUUUAAUCCAUGCUUUGGCGAUCACAUCCCAGUGUGGGGUCGACUCUCUGUCCACCACUUUGGCGACCAUCGGUUCGCUGACAGCACUUCUCGCUUCUGCCAUCACUUUAUGUUCAGAUAA